UAUAGAAGAAGACAAUAAACGUUACAUAAUUAAGAAAAAAACAUAAUUGAAGAGCUUAAUUUGGUCCUCACCUAAAGCUAAAAUGUCAGUCAGCCAUUUUCUCUGUUUAUGGCUUCUCUUCAGUUUCAGCAGCAGCUGCUCUGCUUUCAAAUUUAAUGGAAGAAAAAUUGCAGAAAAUGAUGACGUCAGCUCUCUUCUUCCUCAGCAAUUUCAUACCAUUCAACUCACCUCUCUUCUUCCUUCUGCUUCUUGCAAAUCUUCCUCCAAAGUUUCAUCAAACGAAAACAAGGCAAUCUUGAAAGUAGUCCACAAGCACGGAGCAUGCUCCGAUCUGCAUAACCACCACAAAGCAAAAGCUCCGACACAUGAAGAGAUCCUCCUCCAGGAUCAAUCUAGAGUCGAUUCAAUUCACUCCAAGUUAUUCGUCGGACUGAGCAGCGACGUCAAGACAGCAGAUGCAACACUUCCGGCGAAGGACGGCCAGACUAUUGGCUCCGGCAAUUAUAUAGUUACUGUUGGACUGGGCUCGCCGAAGAAGGAUUUGUCGCUCAUCUUUGACACCGGAAGCGACCUGACGUGGACUCAAUGCGAGCCAUGUGUGAAGUCUUGCUAUUCCCAAAAGGAGCCCAUUUUUAAUCCCAUCCACUCCACUUCCUAUACCAAUGUUUCCUGUGGAUCUGCCCUUUGCGACUCCCUCAUUUCUGCAACAGGCAACAUCUUUAAUUGUGAUUCCUCAACAUGCGUCUAUGGCAUCCAAUACGGUGACUCGUCAUUCUCUGUCGGAUACUUUGGUAAGGAAAAGCUCACCUUAACUCCGACCGAUGUUUUCGAAGGUUUUUCAUUCGGCUGCGGCGAAAACAACAAAGGUUUAUUCGGCGGCGCCGCUGGCUUACUUGGUCUCGGCAGAGACAAACUCUCAUUAGUCUCACAAACUGCCCAAAAAUACAACAAGCUUUUCUCUUACUGUCUCCCCUCCUCCCCCAGCUCAACCGGAUUCCUCUCAUUCGGCGGUCAGCCUUCCAUCUCCGCUUCCUUCACCCCGCUAGCAACAAUAUCCGCCGGAGCCUCAUUCUACGGCCUUGACUUUACAGCUAUCUCCGUCGGAGGCAGAAAGUUGACCAUUUCACCCUCGGUAUUUUCAACUGCGGGUACAAUAAUCGACUCCGGUACCGUCAUCACUCGGUUGCCACCUGCAGCUUACUCUGCUUUAAGCUCAGCUUUUAGAAAACUCAUGUCCAAGUAUCCAUCGGCGCCGGCAUUAUCAAUACUCGACACGUGUUAUGAUUUUAGUAAAUUUAGUACAGUGACUGUACCGAAAAUCGGGUUGUACUUCAGCGGGAAUGUUCAUAUAGAUAUUGACCAGACAGGGAUUUUUUACGUGAAUGAUCCAACGCAAGUUUGCUUAGCGUUCGCCGGAAACAGUGACGCCGGUGAUGUUGGUAUAUUUGGGAAUGUGCAGCAAAAGACACUAGAGGUUGUGUAUGACGGCGCUGCUGGGAAAGUUGGAUUCGCUGCCGGCGGUUGUAGCUAGCUGAUUUGUAUGAACAGUCUGUGUACAUAAUAAAGGCACCAAUUUGGACAUGGAUGAAGUAAUUGUGAAUGCAGGGGGUUAUAUGAAUUAAUAAUGAUAAUGGAAGGAUUUGGAUUUGUGAUAUACUUUAAAGGUAUAAAUUGGGUUGUAAUAGGUUUAUUAAGAGAAGUUUGCAAGAAGUGUAUAGUUAACUUCUCAUCAAUUCAUCUGUAAUGGUAUGAACUUUUAUUUGAUUAAAGGCGGUUUUCGGACCUUUAAUUUGACA